AUGGGUGAUGCGCUGUGCGGGCCGUCGAAUGCGCUUCAGAACUUCCAGAAGCACACAUCUGUUGAUCGAACCCUUCAACAAGACCGAUUGACUUCGCGUCAAUCACCUGCUCAGGGUUUCCGAUCUCAGAACCGCCAAGAGGGAAUACUUGACCCCGAGUUCGCUGCAUUCGAAGGAAACUUAGGUGGCCCUGCACUGCCCGACUUACAACAUCCCGCCCACUUCGGCGCACCCAUACACCAUGCUGCGGCACAACGUCCUGCAGCGCAACAUCCGGGCAACGCCGGUUGGGCGGCAGACUUCCAGAACUUGCAAAUCUCAGGGCCCUCACAUCCUGUAGCACAACUACAAAGGCCAAAUGUUGCACCGGCGGCGACACAUGGCGGGUGGCACUCGGAAUUUAUGAAUCAACAUCGAGCGCCAGUCCCCCAGGCCCAGCAAACCCCGCAAAUGCAUGGUGCCUAUCAGCCAUCCUUUGCACCAAGCUUCCCGAUGUAUGGCUCCGCUAUGAAUCAGAUGCAGAUGCAACCGCAGGGUAUGCAAAGCAUGCAGCAAGCCCCCGCACAGCAAUUCGAUGAAUCCGCCUUUGAGGCUGCGUUCGACCAAGCACGGGCGGAUCUGGAGUUGCAAGCCACAGAUGUUGAUCAUAAAGAUACCCAGCAGAACCUGAAGGAAGCUCCUGAAGCCGAAGUUGUUGAGUCAGUCAUGCAACAGGAGAUCCGAGUUGGCUCGGAUCUCAUUCCUCAGAGCGAUAAGCAGGAUCCGCAAAACCGGAGUCGGGAUGGAGACGAACUAGCGCGGACAGCAGGACAACUGCUCGACAGCGUGCGCAAUGAACAGAAUCAAAAGUUCCAACAGAGCAAUUUCCUGGCUUUGAUGCGGCGGAUUCGGGAUCGCGAGGUGGAAGUUGAAGGGGAUGCUUUUCGCGAAACGGCGCAGUCUCUCCACCCAGGUGGGCCAUACUACCCGGGUCAACCCCACUCCAACCUCCCGGGUUCCGAUGUUCCGUCUCACAGUAAGGAGUCACCCACCCUACCGGUAGGGUCUGGUGCCCUGCGUCCAUGA